UGUGACCCUCUUCAAGCAAACACAGAUGGUCACGUGCUCCGUCACCAUGACGACUGCCUCGCCAGCUGAGACGCUCGCUAUCGUUUGCAAAUAAGAACAGGAAGGGAACGUUCCUUUACAGACGGGAGCCGCGUGACACUUUACAUUCCAAACCAGCAGGUUGGGCUAACUUCCUUAGCAGCAGCCAAGUUGUCAAUCAACCUCGUCCUGGCUUGACUGUCCUGGCGAGCUCUCCUCGGCCCGUCCCUCGACUGACGUUAGCUCGAUGCUGAGGAAGGCAGACGCUGCCUCAUGUUGGAACAUGGUGGUACUACAAGACGUCAGCUAGCGUACAAACUGUCCCUUGAAGACGAGGCAAGAAGAACAUUAGCAGGUGAGUUGUGGUCAACACAUGGAAGAAGAACAUGCUCGGAGUCUUCUCAUGGGGGGGGGGGUCAUGAUUCAAGAGAAGUGCGGCAUUCUGCUGCAGGUUCUGGAAGACACGGAAAAUUUUGGCACCACAAGUGAAGAGAAAAAAAGGAGACGGAACAGGAAGUUGUCUUCACAAGGCUCACACCGCUGAGGGCAGAUGCAGUAACCCCCCCCCCCUCCCCUCGCUGCCCUGCGGCGGUGUGAGCCCGGUGGGCUGUUUUAUUUACCGCUUACGUGGCCUUGGCUACUUUGGUGCGCUUCAUCCUCUUCCUCCUCAUGAGGGUCACCUGAGGCCGCUUGAGGCCGGCGAUGAGCAGCAGCAGUCUGGGUCGAGACUUGGUGAGCCAGCUCCUCAGCAACGUCCCCUUUGGAAACCUGCCACAGCGUCAGCACAGUUCAUCCAACGUCCAAACAGGCCCCGCCCACUCACCCCCACCCGAUCUGAAACAUGUCUUUACAGUCUUCUUCUCAAUGACCUCUGACCUCCCAACGUGCCCUUGUGGACCCCCUCCUCCCCAACCUGUCCUGAGACCGCAACAUCAAAGCCGAUCUUCCUCACAUCAGACCCCCCAAAAAUCCACCUUCUGCCGCCCCCACCCCCCCUCCCUGACCCUUCAUGCCAUUACCAAAGGUUCAAAAGAGUCCGGAGAACCGGAGCGCACGGCGGUCCUUACCAGUUGACCCCACACAUUGGUUAGCUUGUGGGCCAGCGCCGCUGUGUGCCGCUUGAAUGACAAGCUCACCGCUAGAAGCUUCACUCUGCACAAACACCAGCUGCCAAUCAUAAUAGGAGGCCGUGACCCAGCCCGCGGGUGGCGGGGGGGGAGACCCAGCCCACUCAGCACUUCUCCACAGCUGACCAAUCAUCAACCUCAAACGCCUGUUGCCAUGACAGCCCGCAACCAGAGGUGGAGGGGGUUUCGGGGGUUUUUGGCAAAAUAAGCAUCUGUUUAUUUUUAGCAUGUUGUUACAUUAGCAUUUAAAUAUCAGAAAAACUCAAUCAUUGAAAUAAACACAACAGACACACACUAUCAGCCAGUGAACACGCUAGUGAACAUACAAUGUUAGCACUGAGGAACACGCUAACAACCAUAAAAUGUUAGCCAGUGACCAUGCUAACAAAUGUGCAAUGUUAAGCCAGGAAAACGCGAACAAACACAUAAUGUUAGCCAGUGAACACGCUAACAAACACAUAAUGUUAGCCAGUGAACACGCUAACAAACACAAUGUUAGCCAGUGAACACGCUAACAAACAUACAAUCUUUGCUCGGGAACAUGCUCACAAAUAUACAAUGUUAGCAAGUGAACACGCUAACAAAAGUACUAUGCUAGCCAAUGAACACACUAACAAACUUACAAUGUUAGCAAGUGAACACGCUGACAAAACUAGCCAGUGCUAGCCAGUGACAAUGCUAGCAAAAGUGCAAAGCUAGCAAGUGAACACAGUUAGCCAGUGAACAUGCUAACAAACGUACAAUCUUAGAACAUAAAUGUAAAAUUUUAAGUUUAAAAAAAGUUUAAAAAAAUGUUAGUAUGACUAAUUGUUGACAGUUACUGACAGGCCUCAUGAAAAAAAAAUCACAUUGAACCCCCCCCAAAAAAAUAAUUUAAUUUCGAUUUUAACAAUUUUUUGGGCCCCCUGACUAAUUGGAAUUUGAAGAAAUGAAUCCCCCUGGCCCCACCCGUACCGGUUGCUGUGUUCUUAUCAGCGUGACAACAAGAUCAAAGUCUACGUUGUGACUGAUAUGAGAAGUCCAAGGUCAGAGGUCACCGUCGGCCCCACAUUGUGCUGAAGCUGCGGGAGAAAAACGGGACGCAAACACACUCCCACCGCACACUAACACACUUUCUGCAGGUAAAGGAACUUUUACUCGUUCAGUUUGGCGUGUCUUUGAACGCCUCACGCUUAACAUUUCUGUAUUAUGACUUAUGAAGUGCAGGCUCCGCCCAUCGGAUUAUGGAAUGGUCAUUAAUAACAGUUUUGUUUUGUUGCUCGGAUCUGUCAGGAAAAUGGCCGCCAGGGUGCCAAAAGACAAGUUUCACGCCGUCUGGCUGGCUUUCUUCAUUCUCGGCUUGGGAACGUUGUUGCCAUGGAACUUCUUCAUGACGGCCACCAUGUACUUUAGCAGCCGUCUGAAGGACUCCACCAAUGAGACGGCAGCGGGGGAGGAGCAUCGCGGCGUGCUGGAGGCCAGAUUCAACAACGUCAUGACGCUGUGCGCCAUGUUACCGCUCCUCAUCUUCACCUGCCUCAACUCUUUCCUGCACUCACGCGUUCCUCGCCCUGUACGUGUGGCGGGAAGCCUCCUGAUCAUCAUGGCCGUAUUCCUGCUGACGGCGGUUCUGGUUAAAGUUCCCAUGGAGCCUCCGGUGUUCUUCGCCGUCACCAUGGUGAAGAUCGUCAUCAUCAACUCGUUCGGUGCCGUGUUACAGGGUAGUCUCUUUGGGAUGGCAGGGGCGCUUCCCGCCUCGUACACCACGCCCAUUAUGAGCGGGCAGGGCCUCGCCGGGACCUUUGCGGCCUUCGCUAUGAUCUGCGCCAUCGCAAGCGGUUCGGGCGUCCAAGAGGCUGCCUUUGGUUACUUCAUCACAGCGUGCGUCGUUAUUUGUCUUUCCAUCUUGGCGUACGUCAUGCUGCCUAAACUGGAGUUUUUCCAGUUUUACGAGCAGCGGAAAAACCGACGCGAGGAAGAUGAGAACGUCAACCUGGCGAGCAAAGUUGGUGCAGGAAGCGGCGAGGGAACAGCCAGCGGGAAUGUCUCCAUGGUGACCAUCUUCAAGAAGAUCUGGGACUUGGCGCUGGCGGUCUGCUUCACCUUCGCCGUCACCAUCGGAACGUUUCCCGCCGUGGUGGCUGACACUAAGUCCUCAUUGGCUGAUAAGAGUUCUUGGGACGUGUAUUUCGUGCCGGUGGCCUGCUUCCUGCUCUUCAACCUGUGUGACUGGGGAGGGCGGAGCCUGACGGCGUUCUGCAUGUGGCCAGGAAAGAACAGUCGGCUGCUUCCUGUUUUGAUAGCCGCUCGUGUGACGUUCGUGCCGCUCUUCAUGUUGUGUAACGUGCAGCCCCGCCUCCACCUGCCCGUUUUCUUCCAGCACGACGCCUUCUUUGCCGCCUUCAUGGUGGCCUUCGCUGUCAGCAAUGGUUACCUCGCCAGUCUGUGCAUGUGCUUCGGGCCCAAGAAAGUUCUUCCUCAUGAGGCGGAGACGGCCGGAACCAUCAUGGCCUUUUUUCUCUCUUUGGGUUUGGCUCUUGGCGCUGCCUUGUCCUUUGUGUUCAGAGCACUGGUUUGACUUGAGAACGUGCGCAGAACAACACGAGCACUGCCUUGUAAAUAUACUUGAAAGUGUUGUAUUUGUUGUUAAACAGCAGAGGGCGUUGUCCAACAUUCUACAACUACCUCACACCAGAGAAGAAGAAGCACCUGUGAUUAAAAAUGCUUUAAUUCUAUAUAA